CACGAAUCACGAUAUCAGAAUACCCAACGCGAUACCUUUCACGAUAUCUUUCACGAUACCUUCCACGAUACCAUUAGGAAUCCCUCAUUUCCUUGGAAUAUGCCUCACCUUGACACGAGAGGAAUCAUCUCAGCGGUCGAAAUCGUUUUCUAUACACCCAUCGCCUUGCUAACGGUUUAUCUCGUGUAUCGAUACGCCUUUCGGCGUGAUGCUGGAUGGCUGUUUCUUUCUAUCUUUUCCAUGGCUCGGAUAGCAGGAGGAGCCUUGCUCGUAGCCGCAGAGUCGCAACCAACCAAAAUAUCUCUAUUUUCUGCCGCGUACAUCAUGGAUCCAGCAGCACUAACUAUGCUGUUAUUGUCAACGCUUGGUUUUCUCGGGAUGGUAGGACAACACACUUACAGCGAGCAACACCGUGUUACGUUGAUAUUCAGGUUUUUUGGACUGCUCGGUCUCAUUAGCCUGGCUUUGUCCAUAGCAGGGGGAGUAUUGAGCACAAAAAGUGCCCAUCCCAGCACAGCCCUGACCUUGCGCCGAGCCGGCGUUUGCAUCCUAGCUGGACUAUACGUUUUUCUAUUCUUGGCCCACCUGGGCAGUUGGGGGUACCGCUGGUACAUGAGGACUUACCGUCGAAAUCUUCUCUUUGGAAUUACCGUUGCUCUGCCGUUUAUGGGCGUCCGUAUGGCGUAUGCUGUGAUGGCUGCCUGGUCCUCGUCGGAUCUGGAUGGAAAACAUCUAUCUUCAAACCCAACACUGGCCAAGAUGAACCCAGUCACGGGUGACUGGGUUCUUUAUCUUGUUCUUUCUGUUAUUAUGGAAUUUAUAGUCACUGCGAUGUACUUAUUCUCAAGUACUGUUCUGUCGCAGAGACGUCAUUAGAAUUGUGGGGAGAAGAGCGCUGGAUGAUAGAAACGAUGUGUUUGAGCCCCGCGUCGGCUCUGUAAUAGGCUUAUUCCAUGUGCUAGUAUCUUGUACAGACCUUAGUAUUACAAAUGACAGUCGAUUUGUAUACUA